UUGCCUCCAUUACUGGCUCUGUUUUGCGCGAUAUACCUUUCCCACCAUCUCAAAACAGUACAGGCGGAAAGUGUGAGCCGUACGGAACCAAAUCAUCACUCAUAUAGUCGUCCGCCACAGGAAGAACCACAGGCAUUCACUCAAGGUUCCAUGAACGGAUAUAAAAGAAGGAGGUUCGCUUGUCAGACGCAAAAUGCCGCACAUCUCAAGAGAGGAGUUUAUGGCGAGAUGUUUUCCGGACGUUGA